CCCCGCGUGCCCGUCCUAGGGCUCAGCUGGGGGCGGCUGUCGCCAGAGCUGCUCUCGCUUGCUCCUGUAGACAUUAUUUUGGGAUCAGAUGUCUUCUUUGACCCAAAAGACUUUGAAGAUAUUUUAAUGACAGUUUACUUCUUGCUGGAAAAGAACCCCCGUGCUCAAUUCUGGACUGCUUACCAAGUCCGAAGCGCUGACUGGUCUAUUGAAGCUUUGCUCUGCAAAUGGAAGCUGAGGAGUAUCCAUGUUCCCCUACAUUCCUUUGGUGCAGACAGAGAGCACUUGGCCAGCUCUUCUCUGCUGGGAAGACACACCAUUGAAAUGAUGAUCAUCUCGCUAUCACAACCGGGUGGUACUUAA